AUGGCUGCACUGGAAGCGUUUACCGAGAAAGUGGUUCGCGCUGAGUUUGUGUGAUGAAUGCGCUCUGUUUUCCCUCGGUGAGGUGAAAUCUGUGUGCAUGCACGUUUAUCUGUUGCAGGAAAGAGUGGCACCGGAGAUAAAAAGGACUGGAUUGGGAUAUAGAGUGAGCUGUUCAGUGUCGAGAUGUAUCGCGGUUCUAGGCCGCACCGAGGAGGCUAUCAUCAUCCGCCGUCUCGUGGUUUUGAUCCCCGGCCUGGGUCAGGCCAUUCUCCCGAUUCGUACCGGCGCCCGUCUCCGCGGAGGAGAUAUUCAUCACCCGGAGCAAGAGAUCCGCCUGAAGAGUAUAGAGGAGGAGGGAGACCCCCGAGACCCUAUGGGAGAUACAGCCCGUCACCUCCUCGUGGUGGUCUUCCUGUUGAUCACAGUCUGGUCAUAACUGUGGGCAAUGAGCUGACCAAUCCACCAGGCUACAAAGGCUCAGAAGCUCCCUAUGUCCGCGAUUACAGUGCUGGAGACCCACAUUACAAAAAGCCCUAUUAUUCUCCACGGAGGUCAAGCUAUGAUGACCACAGCGAUAGGGGUUCAAGACGGCGCAGUCUUAGUCGUGGCAGGAGCAGGGGGCGGAGCCACAGUCCUGGGUAUGCGCGCAGCAAAAGUCGGCCGCGUAGCUGGAGCAGAAGUCGCGGCAGGAGUCCUGAGCGAGCGAAGAGCCGACCGCGUAGCAAGAGCCGACCUCGUGGGAGGAGCUACAGUAGAAGUCGCAGCAGAAGCAGUAGUCCCAAACGCAGUAGGGCGAGGAGCAAGAGUCGGCACCGUAGCCGCAGCCGAGACAGGAGCCGUAGCAGGGGGAGGAGCAGGGGGAGGAGCAGAGGGAGGAGUCACGUUAGGAGCCGCAGUGUCAGUCGGAGUGGUAGCAGCAGCCGCAGCUCGAGUAGUAGUCGCCACGGCAGUGUCAACAGAAGAGCCCAAUCAGGUGCAGAAGUGGAGGAUUUUAGGGAGCUAGAGAAGGCUCGAAGACGUAAGGAAAUUCAGGAUACGCUUGUAAAGCCUGCAAAGUCAAUUUUGAAGAAAAGAGUGGACUCCUCAGAGAUGGAUUCGCCCAUGCUAGUGCAGAAUAGUGAUUCUCCUCGAGGAAACCCAGACAGUAUUCUUUCACAUGAGGCAGAACAGCUUAUCUGUGCACUGUCCAAAACUUUAGAUCCAGACUUGUUAGCAUCCAUGCUGGGGAAAAGCUCUGAUGCCAGUGCUCUCGAACAACUGAUUGGCAAGAUCCAGCCAGCCAAAGAUGAUGGAAGUGACAUGCCUAAUGAGAAAGAAAGACAGGACAAAUCAGACCUCACAGAGUUCCUUGGAAUGAUGGCAGAGGUUGUAGCACAACCACCGACUACAAAGAAAAGACUUGCAGAUAUUGAAGAUGAGGAGAAAUUUCUCUAUGGAGAUGAAGAGGAAGAUGUUGAGGAGCACAAAAAGGUGAAACCAGCUAAGGAGAUUCCAACAGCUGAACAACCUGGCUUUCCAGACACGAGGUACCCACAGUCUCAUGAUAUUCAGAGAAAAGAACAUGGCACUACACCUUAUGCUUUUGGCCGUGCUGGAGAAGAUGCAGUGAGCCAUUCGCAAAGAGAGAGCAGGCAGCCAGACAGGCAUCCUUCUUCGGCUACACCUGAGGUGCAUUCCAAGGAAGAACUUGAUGACUUCCCACCUGGAGUUGGACCUCAGGAUUUCAAGGAAAGGAAGGAGGUGGAGGAAUAUGAGAAGAUACAAGACUUACUGAAGACUAUUGGCUUAAACUUGGGUGUGGCUGACAUCAGCAAGAUGGCUGCUAGGACGCAAGAGCGCCUCCAUGGUAACACCCCUGCAAAGAAGGCACCCGUUUGUCGGCAGUCCAAGAGAAAGCACAGAAGCCGCAGCAGGAGUUACAGCAACAGUAGCAGCAGCAGUAGGACCUCCAGUAGGAGCCACAGUCGGAGUAGUAGCAGAAGCCGGAGUCGAAGUAGGAGCUCCGAUCGCACUUCAAGUCACUGCAAGAAGAAGCCAGUUUCACCGGAACAAAGAUCCUCAAGCUCUCACAGUCAGAACAAGAAGGAGAGUCGCCCUAGUGUUACUGAAGGCGAGUGGCCUUCAACACCCACUGCUGGUCCCGGGACACAGAUGUAUCCUCCCCGACCCAACCUCUCAACACACCCUAUGGCUCAGUACCCUCAGCCACCCCCACGUAGGGUAAUGCCACCUGACUACCCUCCAGGUGGUUAUGACCCUUAUGGCAAUUACGUUCCAUAUAUGCCUCCGGGAUGGCCAAUGUACCCACCUCCAGGUAUGCCGCUGCCACCUCACAAUCCAAUGGAUCCCUACCGACUCCCCAACAUGGAGCGACCCUUUAUUAAAGUGAUUGAAACAGCAGCUAGUGAAGGAAAAGAGACUGAUAAAAAAACACCCUCUAAAUUGGACGAUGUGGCCUCCAAAUCGAUCACCAGUAGCAUUCAGAGGCAAGUUAUUGAAGAUAAGAAUAUUGCCAGCCAAAAACAAAAGGUCACUGAAGAGCUUGCAAAGCUAAAAAUGGAAAAAGAAAUACGACUGAAGAGAAAAGAAAAUCUAUUAAAGGAGGUGGAGGCAUUAAGAAGGGAGCAAGGGGAACUCCUAAGAAAGAAGCGAAGAGAGAAAGAUGGGCAUAAGGACCCUGUCCUAAUAGAGCUCAGUCAGCUACAAGAGGAUGCAAUGGCCCGAAUCUCCAAACUACAUGCUGAACAGAAGGAGGCUGAUAAAAAACAUGAAGAGCUGGUCAAAGUGGCUCUCAUCCUUGGUAUAGACUGCAAAAACUCGAAGAUCUUUGGGGACCAUGGGCAGCAGCCCACUCAGAGUAAGAAGGAAUCCACCAGAAGCCCAGAGAAAUCAGGGGCCUCCACCGGCACCUCUUUAAAUAAGGUUGCCCCAUCAAAAUCAAAAGCCUCUCCUGAAAAACGCAAGUCGUCACCUCCAUCGAGCAGCCGUUCCCCGGACACUGCUGCCGAAAAAUUCGAGUACUACGAUGCAGGAAACCACUGGUGUAAAAACUGCAAUGUUACCAGUGGUUCAAUGUUUGACUAUUUCAUGCAUUUGCACAACAAAAUACAUAGGAAGACACUAGAUCCUUACGACAGACCUUGGGCAAAAUCAGAGAGUGAGAAGAAACAUCCAGUGGGUGAGAGGAAUUCAAAGCCAGCAAAAGGCUCCGAGUUCUUGAUCCCUAUACGGGGAUUCUUCUGCCAAUUAUGUGAAGACUUUUUUGGGGAUCCCAUUUGUGCUGAAGCUCAUGUCACCUGCCAUGCUCACAAUGAGAAAUACAAGGCCAAAAUUUAUGAAAAUCCCCUUUACGAACAAAGGAGGAACUUGGACCGUCAGGCUGGCUUAGAGAGCCAAAAGUGUUCAGACCACAAACGAAAACGUGAAGACGACUGUCAAGAUGACAUGAAGAAAUCCAAACAUGGCAAAGAAGAGAAAAAAAUGUUGUUCGAUGAUGUGGAGCCAAAACCACAGUACAGCAAGGAGGAUACAUACAGGAAUAUCAAGGAGAAUGAGAAUAAAUUUAUGGAGGAGCGUUUAAAAUACAGGAAAGAGGAUAUAGAUAAACAGAAAUAUAAGAAGGAGGAUGAGAGAGUCAAAAUCAAGAAGGAAGAGGAAGAGAAAGCCAGGUACAGAAGAGAGGAAGAGGAGAGAAACAAGUACAAAAAAGAAGAGGAAUACACAUACAGGUAUAGGAUGGAGGAAGGGGACAGAUUCAGGUAUGAAGAGGACAGAUUUAGAGACAGGGAUGAUAAUGAACGGUAUCGAUAUAGAGAAGAGGAUGAUAAAUAUAGAUUUAGAAAAGAUGACGAUAGGGGCCGAUAUGUUAGAGAAGAGGAGAAGCCCAAGUAUAGCAAAGAAGAGGAUAAAAGGUACAAAUACACUCGGGAGGCAAAGGAGAAGAGGUCCAAAUACAAAGAUGAAGAUGGGGGGAGGUGGCCUAAAUCAAAGUGGGAAGAGGCAGAGGGAAGUAAUGGGAAAUGUGGAAUGAAGGACCAGAAGGGCAAGUCAGGUUUUUUCAAAGAUGACAAGGUAAGCACAAGGAAGCCCAAUGAUAAAGACUUCAAAGUAGAACCAGAGAAACCAAGCGAGCCCCCUAAAAUCUUCUGUGGGCCGAGCCCUGCCUUGCUGGCUAAACUUCGCAAGAAGAAUGAGGAGGCUGCCGCUCGACCUGGCUUUGGAAAGUUCAGCCGAAAAAAGCCACUGAAGACCGCACUGGAGAAGGAAGCAGAUAGAAUAGCAGCACAAUUCAUAAAGGAAGAUGAAGAAAGUGUGUCUGUAGUGGACGAAGAGAACAAAGAUCCUGAGCAAGAUGCUUUUACGAAGUCUAUCGCUGCUGCAAAGUCUAUUACGAUUAAACUAUCAGCAAAGUCUGUGCUCCCACCCUCUGAUGAAUGGCUGGCUUACAACGAAAAUAAAAAUAGUCCCAACUUACCUCCUGCCCCUACUCCGAUGGUUCUUAGGAAGUCCUUCACUGGUGUACAAAAUAAACCAACAACUGCUACUAGAGACAAGCCUCCUGGAACUGUAACAGGAAAUCAGACUCAAAAGGGUCCAGCAUUGCCAGCAGACCUAAUCUCCAAGGCAUUUAGUGGUGAAGAGGUGCAAUUAAAACAUAAAAAGGACAUCCCUGCAAGCCCUGUAGGUAUCUUCAGCACAGCUGUACCACAUGUAUCCACCACUGCUCCACUUGUAUCCACCCCUGCAGUAGCAGAAAAGGUAAAUGCCCCCCAGGUGAAACCUAUUACCCAAAGUAAAUGCAUUGUUAAUGUCAAAUCUGAUGUCGCUGCUCCUGGAGUGUCUGAGGAGGAGCAGAAGCUCACCGUAAUCUUUCGUCCUCCUCCUCUGCUUCUUUCUAACUCCACUGGCCCUCCUCCAAAAACUGUAAAGCCAAAGACCACUCUGGCAGCAGGAAUAGCAAAAGAUUUGUUUGACAUUUUCUACAGUGGAAACUCGGCUGUUAAAAGCUCUGGUGCCAGUGUUGGCAACAAAAAAGACUCGGUCUUUACAGCUACAGACAAGGACUCAAGCAGUAAGAAAACUUCUGAAGGUAAUGAGUCCAGCAACGAAGAGAGAAAUGACAGUGAUGUUACACAGAGCAAAGAAUUUCCCAAUAAUGAAGACUCAAAAGUUGCAGUGAACGUAACCCCCCCCAAGAACGAAGACUCAAAAGUUGCACAGAGCAAGGAACCCCCCAGGGACGAAGAUUUGCAAGUUGCACAGAGCGAAGAACCUCCCAAGAACGAAGACUCACAAGGGUCACUGAGCGAAGAACCCCCCAAGGACGAAGACUCGCAAGUUGCAUGGAGCGAAGAACCCCCCAAGAACGAAGACACACAAGUUGCACAAAUCGAAGCACCCCUUGAGAUUGAAGACUCGGAAGUUUCACAGAGCAAAGAACCAACCAAGAACAAAGCCUCAGAAGUUAAACAAGCAUCUGAGGAUGAAAAUCUAAAUGAAAAUAUUCAUUCAAAAGAGGAAAAGCUUGAUGAACAUCAAGUCCUUACCUUAGAAAUCUCUGAGGGGGGUGAAACCAUUAUGGAAGAUGAUAGUUUGCACACAAUCCAACCAAACAAUAAUGAAGAGGAAAACCCUCUGGAAUCUGAGGAACCCAUGUCCCUCUCCCCUCUUCCAGGUUCUUUCACUGAGCAACUGAACUUGGACACAUUUGAAUUCAAUUUUGAGCCUUUGUAAAGGACCUUCCGAGAGUAGGUUUAGGGAUGUACAUGUUAUCUCUAAAUUUAAAUUACAGUGAUUUUGAAGUAUUCUCUUUAUUUGCUUGACCCAGGUAGAAUGUUUCAUGUCUAUUCUUAACCUUUUGGCAGGUAAUGCCAGUGAAAGCGUGGACUGAAAAUUCUUUCAUUCUGAAGUGGGUGCUGGGAAAGGAAUCCCUUCUAAGAGAAUGAAAACUUUCAAGUAAUGAAUCCUUAAUAUCUGUAAGAGUUUUACUAUAUUCUUGUCAAAAGCACCUGGUGUUUGAGCUUCUUGUUUUUCCUUAUUCUGUUUCCAGCAGAAAUCAUUCCUUUUUAAACAAAAGUAAUGUAAAAAUAUUACAAAUAUGAUGUGUAUCAAACAUUUCAUACUCUCUCAGACAUUUGAUCUGUGCAUUCCAUUUAAAUGAAUGAAGAUAUUUUAACACAGGAGCCAGAAAGAUCCCGGCUCGGAGAGAAAUGAUGUGGAGUUCAUGCUUCAAGGACAUAUGCAUAUGCAUUCACAACUCUUGCCAGAAAAUGUCAAGCUUGGCCUGUAUAAUUCUUAUCACACUAUGCUGUUUAUUGAUGGGUUUUCUUUAUGGUUUCUGUUUUUUAAAGAACAAAUCCUGUUGUUGUUGUUUCUGUUCACAAUGCUACCAUGCUAGUUUGGUAUCUGCAAGUAAAUGGUUGAUGUAACUGCACAGGUUCUGUGCUAGCUCAAAUAAAUCACAGCUUCCCUUUC